GUAUGAACUUAUAGUUUCCUAAUUAUUGUACAUAAUUUGCCUUUUUUAAGUCACAUUUGGGACGAAAAUUUAUUUCCUACGCACGAAACCAUUGGUAUAAAUAGAAGUAAAAUUAGAGACUACGCAGUAGAGUUGUUAUUUGAUAAGAAAAGUCGUACUUCUUUCUUAAUAAAAAUUCUAUAACUAAGAAUCAGAGUGCAGAUCAAUUUGGACGAACUAAACGAAUUCUGCGACAAUGGUCAACUGUUGUGUUCCGGGUUGUACAAAUUACUCGUCGAAGUCAAAAUCUUCAGGUGUUAGUUUCCACCUUAUUCCGAAAGACCCCUCCCGUCAAAAGGCAUGGAUUGCUAGAAUACGGAGAGAAAAUCUACCUCCUCUCUCCAAUUGUUACGUUUGCAGCGAGCACUUUGCUCCCGAUUGUUUUAAAUCGGACCUAAGACAGAAACUUACACCAUGGCAACCUUUAAAAAGGCGACUGAAGCGGGAUGCAGUACCAUCGAUCUUUUCAUUUGGCCCUCAACCCAAACAAUGUUCCUCCACAAGUACAAAUGUUUUCUCAGUGAUUGAGCCUGAAGCAAAUAACAGUUGUGAUUUGGGUGCGUCUGACAGUCCUGAAGCAUUGCCAACUAAUUAUUGCAAGCCAGAAACCAAAGAUGCAUCAACAGUGUCAGAAGACUCUACAACUGAUGAUGAAGCAAUCCAAAUUGAACCCCAAGAGGAAAAGAAAUAUAUUGUUUUCAAGUCCUGUCUUAUUAGUCUUCUUUCAAAGUGUCUUUCUUGUGGAGAGACAUUAAUUGAAUGUGAAGAAAACACUGUAGGUAGUUUACUAUCAUUUAAUCUUUUUUGUAUAAAUGGUCAUCACACAACAUGGACAUCUCAACCACUCAUAAGGAAUGUCCCAGCUGGAAAUUUGCUUUUGGCUGCAUCAACUUUAUUUAGUGGAAACACUUAUGAAAGAAUCAGCCAAUUUGCAUCUUUCAUGAAUCUUGAAUUUAUUGGAAAAACCAGUUUUUACAGCCUUCAAAAGCAGUAUCUUUUUCCUGUUGUUGACAAAGCUUGGAAAGAGGAGAAAUCAGCUGUUAUUGCCAAAGCUAAGAAGUCUGGUAGUCUUAAUGUGAAUGGUGAUGGUCGAUGUGAUAGCCCAGGGCAUAAUGCCAAGUAUGGUACUUAUACAAUGAUGGCUGACUCUGGUAAGAUAGUAACUUUUAAUGUUGUGCAAAGUACUGAAGUCAGUUCUUCUAAUGCUAUGGAGAAAGAAGCAUUUGAAAGAUGUCUGUCUGAAGUUGAAAAGCUAGUUCCUGUUAAGCGAAUAACAACAGAUAGACAUGUUUCGAUUGCCAGUGCUAUGAAAAACAAACACCCUCAUAUUGAUCACCAAUAU